AGUCUCGCUUUCCCCAGAGAGCAAGAUCUCCCUACACGCGAGCGCAUGUCAAUCUCCGCAGCUCAUGUGAUAACUCUAGUGGAUGACGUGCCAGCCAUAUGGUCUGGCAUCAGAGUUGGUACCCCUCUGCCUGCUUGAAGCGUGCCACUUCCCUCCUCCUUUUGGAUAAGACAGUGAAGGAGACGGGGUGGACCUCAAGGAGUCUUUUCCCCCCUUUCCUCCCCCCAUUUUUUUUCCUCCGUACUCCCAAAAGAUGCGGGGUCCGAGGACUUGAGGACUCCUCAUUUCAGCUUUGGAGCCACCAUGUUGACGCGCCUCUUCAGCGAACCCAGCUUGAUCCCAGAAGUUCAGAAAUUCUCCAGCUGGGCGGACGAUUGUGAAGAGGAUGAUUCGAGCGACAAAGAGGAGCGAAAAAACAAAAGCUGCCCUCUUCAGGAGGAUCCGAACGACUCGGAGGUAAAAGAGGAGAACGACCUGGGUGCUGAUGAAGAGGAGGAGGAGGAGGAGGAGGAAGGCAUCGAGGAAGCGGAAGGCGAUCGGCCUAAGAAACGAGGCCCCAAAAAAAGGAAAAUGACCAAGGCCAGGCUGGAGCGCUCCAAGCUGCGACGCCAAAAGGCCAACGCCCGGGAACGCAACCGGAUGCACGACCUUAACGCCGCCUUGGACAAUCUCCGCAAGGUCGUGCCUUGUUACUCCAAAACGCAGAAAUUGUCCAAGAUCGAAACCUUGCGCUUGGCCAAGAAUUACAUCUGGGCCCUGUCGGAGAUCCUGCGCUCGGGCAAGAGGCCAGACUUGGUCUCCUAUGUGCAGACUUUGUGCAAAGGUUUGUCCCAGCCGACCACUAACUUAGUGGCCGGCUGCCUCCAGCUCAACUCAAGGAAUUUCCUUACUGAGCAAGGCCAGGAGGCGGGGAGGUACCACGGGCCCAACUCCACCUUUGCCAUGCAUCCCUAUACCUACCAGUGCUCGCGGAUCUCCAGCGCGCAGUGCGCUUCCAGCACCAUGGCUAGCUCCCACGCCUUGCGGACGCAUGCUUACUGCGCCACCUACGAGUCCCUCUAUGGGAAUGCCUCGCCAGAUUACAAUAGCUCGGAAUACGACGGGCCUCUGAGCCCUCCUUUGUGCGUGAAUGGGAAUUUUUCCCUCAAGCAGGAUUCUUCCCCCGACCACGAGAAAAAUUACCAUUAUUCUAUGCAUUACUCCGCCCUCCCCAGUUCUCGCCCUUCCGGGCACAAUUUAGUGUUCGGAUCUUCGGGAAUGCGCAGUGGCGUCCACUCCGAGAAUGUUUUGCCUUACGAGAUGCACCUCCAUCACGACCGAGGUCCGAUGUACGAGGAGCUCAAUGCUUUUUUCCAUAACUAGUCCCUUUCCCCCUGUUCCCAGAGGCGCCUUGGGCGUCGCGUUCUCCUACCGGUUCCACGGGUAACCGUGGCCACUUGUAGAUUUUCAGUUUAUUGGACUGGGAAAGGGAGGGGGUAUUUGGGUGAUAUAAAUUAAACAGAAAGAGAGAGAAUGAGAGAGGACGGGGGUGGGAAGAGAGAAAGAUAAAUAGUUCCUCGGCCUUCUUUGAUAUUCCCCUGAGGGCUGCAAUUUUUUUUAAACUGUGAACCACUUUUCUCGUAACAUAUUUAACAAAAUAUCGAAGGGCGGGAGGAUAAAAUAAUAAUCAUUCCUAUUCGUGAACUAAUUGAGCCGGACGUUCUUGUUUUGAAGCUGGGGGGGCGGUAACCUGAUCCAACAGCCUCUUGAGCUGAGGCAGCGGGUUUCAAUCCUUCCCAAUCCUGUUGAAUUCAACUGGUCGCAUUUGAUUUUCAGUCGCUGGCUUCGAUUUAAAUGGAAAGCCGGUGGAGUUUUUUUCGCACCUUGGUUUCCGUGGGACUCCAACCCCGAUUGGGAAUCAGAUUAUAAAUAGAAUCUGCGACUUCCCUGCCCCCACUAAGUACUAUGAUAAAAAAAAAAUCUGGUGCAAUAUAUAUAUAUGUUAGCAUAAUUUUAUAUUUAAAAACAAACGAAAGGACUCUAUAGCUAUUAGACUGUUUAGUUGAGAUUUUGCCCAUCCGAAAACAAGAGCCAGAUUAUUAGAUCCAGAUUAUUAGGAGAGACUAUCACAUUUUUCAAAAUUAAAUAGGAAGGGAGUAUCAAAGUUUCAUCCCAUCCUAAUGGAUUGCCUAUGCUAAAUUAUGCCUUAUGAGUUAACUGAAAUUUUCCUAAAGUUCAAUAUGGCUUUAGAACAAAACAGUUUUUAAAGGGCAGGUGAUGGGAGGAAUAUUUCCAUCCUCCCAGUAGCUGAAUCAAAAAUUCCCCGAAAAAGGUAUCUAUGCCAUUUGCAAUCCUUUACAUAUUUAUCUGGGAGUUAGUCUUAUUAAACUUAAUGGGGCUUACUUCAGUGUAAAUAUGUAUCAGCUUGCACAAAUUAAGGUGUUAACAUAUUUGCAAACUUUAAAUCAAACUUUCAAUGCAGUGAGAACUUGAAAAAGCAAUAAACGGGCAAACAGAUGAAAAAUAUAUUCUAUCUCUAUCUAUGCAAGUAGGUAUUGAAACUAGGAAAAGAAACAAAAGAAAGGGAAAGAGGAAAGAAAGAAAAAAACAAAAAGAAUCCAUAUGAAAUAUUAGAAAUAUGGACCAACAAACUCGCUGAGAUUUAAAAUUGUGCACUUUUUGAUUUUGGGGGAAAUGGACUGUGGAAAGUUUCCCUGAUAUUUAACAAUCACUGACUUUUUGAACCACCCUUGUAAUCCCACGUAACUUAUUUUCCAAAAUUUGUGUGUCAUGCUGUUUUUUUUACCUGUUUUAAAAAUGUUAAAGAAAAAUGUGGGGGGGGGGAGAUUUUUAUGAAAUGGCAAAAUGUUUUGUUAUGCAUGGAUAGGUUGGGGAAACGCAAAUAUGCAACUUUUAAAGGUGAUGUGAAGAGAAUACUAUUAUGCUUAAUAUUUCUGUUGGCUUAUUCCGCCCCCCCCCUUAAUAGUAACUUACAUUCUUUCUUUCUGUGAUGGGUUUGGGGAGGGAAGCAUAUGUUUAUGUAAUGGUACACUAGUAUAUAAAUCUCUCUAUAAAAAAACGAAAAAACAGUAACUUUUAAGGACUCAGAAGAGUAUAUUUCCCCCAAUACAAUACUAUUUUGUUUGUUUUUUUGUUGUUGUUUUUUUUGUUCAUCUGAUGACUUUAUUUGAGCAAAAGGAGGAUGAAAAAAUACCUCUAAUUUUCCCCUUCUUUUAAUAUGACCUCCAUCACCUUUAGACAUACCAGCAUUUUUAAAAUUCAAAGAACUUACAUUUCUGAACAAAGUUUUUAAAAUAAAACAACAAAAAUCAACAACAUUUUACAGAAAAAGAAAACUAACAGAGAGAGAGAGAGAGAGAGGAAGAAACAGUUGUAGACAAUAUGAAAUGUCUAUGGGACACCAGAAGUGCUUUUUUGUGUGUUUCUGUUCAGUUUC